AUACCCUACUGCCUACCGUAGAUACCCGGCCCGCGCCCCCCGCCCCCUUCUGUCUACUCCGUCUCCUUCUCUUUCCCAAGUUCUACUGCAGUGUAUGGUUCUUUCUUUUCUUUUUUCUUCGCCUUGUUCUUCUUCUUCAUCCCGCUGAGAAGCUCUUCGUAUUCUCGUCGGCCUUCCGUCUCCACCCUUCCGCCAGAAAUUUCGAUUAAAAGUGGUUGCUACGGUUGGAGGUUGUCUUCAGGCUAUUCGGUCUGCUGCUUCCUCCGAAUCUAGGGUUUUAUGGAUGUGACCUGAAACUAGUGUUAUGCUUCUACGAUCUCAACAUAGGGUAUGCAUUUUCCAUAUGUUAAAUACUCUGCCGAAGAUGAUCAAUCUUUCAAUUUAUGCAUCUUCGACGAAUCUGAUUCCCAUACGCUGUAAUGCUGAUAUUAGCCAUGGAGCAGAAUCUCAGAAUGAAUGGGAGAGUCUGCUCAAGCCUUUUGACCUUGAAGAGCUCAGAAAAUCGCUCAAUAGAAUAACCCCUUUUCAGCUGAAUAAAUUGCUACAGCUCCAACUUGAUGUGCCUACAUCAAUGGAGUUGUUUCAAUGGGCUGGAAGCCAACCUGGCUAUCGCCAUACUUUUGAUGUGUACUAUACUCUUAUUGAUAAAGCCGGGGCUGUGAAAGAGUUUAAAAUUGUUGAUAAACUGUUGUUUGAUAUGAAAGUCGAGGGGAUAGUUUUUAAAGAGUCUCUCUUUAUUACGAUUAUGAGGCAUUAUGGAAACGCCGGCUUGCCCGGACAAGCGACAAGGCUGCUUUUCGAUAUGAGGAGCAUCUUUUCUUGUGAACCGACGUUUAAAUCUUACAAUGUUGUCUUGGAUGUUCUAGUAGGCGGCAAUUGUCCCAAAGUUGCGACGAAUGUUAUUUAUGAGAUGUUGAGCAAAGGUCUAUCUCCUACUGUGUUUACUUUUGGUAGGGUUAUUCACGCACUUUGUAUGAUGAACGAGGUCGAUUCCGGAUGUUCCCUUCUCAGAGACAUGACGAAGCACGGGUGUGUGCCGAAUUCGAUAGUUUAUCAGACGCUUAUACACGCGCUAUCUGUUGCUAAUAGAGUGAAUGAUGCUAUGAAGCUGUUGGAGGAGAUGUUUCUCAUGGGCUGUUCGCCUGAUGUAAAUACGUUCAACGAUGUCAUAAUCGGCCUUUGCCGUGUUGGUCGUGUUCGUGAGGCUGCCAAACUUGUCGAUAGGAUGAUUGUUCGAGGUUUUACCCCUGUUGCUAUAAGCUAUGGAGUUUUAAUGCAAGGACUUUGCAGAACAGGCCAAGUGGACGAAGCUCGGGCGCUCCUGACGAAAGUGCCGAACCCAAACAUUGUCCUGUUCAACACUUUGAUAAACGGUUACGUUUCCAGUAAUCGAUUCGAAGAAGCUAAAGCUGUGUUGAACGAUAGCAUGGGUUGCCAGCCGGAUGUUUAUACAUACAAUAUUCUUAUCCGUGGGCUUUGUAAGAGAGGGCUGUUAUCCUCUGCUCGUCAAGCGGUCGACGAGCUGUCAAUGAAGGGAUGUGAGCCAAACAUAAUCACCUACACCAUUCUGAUCGAUGGGUUCUGUAAGAAAGGUCGGAUUCAAGAAGCCGAAGGCGUCGUAGAUGAGAUGUGGCGUAAAGGUCUUUCGCUGAAUACGGUAGGAUAUAACUGUCUGAUCUCCGCUUUCUGUAAGGAUGAACAAGUUCAGAAAGCCUUCGAGCUUUUUCACACCAUGAGAAGCCGAAGAUGCAAAGCUGACGUAUUCACGUUUAAUUCGUUGAUACACGGGCUUACAAAGAUCGGAAAAAUGGACGAGGCUAUGAACAUGUAUCGAGAUAUGUUCCUCGACGGUGUCAUCGCGAAUACCGUAACCUACAACACUCUGAUUCACGCGUUCCUGAAGAAAAGGGCGAUGCAAGAAGCGUUCAGGCUCGUAGACGACAUGCUAUUCAGAGGAUGCCCUCUCGAUGAGUUCACUUACACCAGCCUCAUAAAAGCGCUCUGUGAAGACGGAUCUGUCGAAAAGGCAAUGGGACUUUACGAAGAAAUGAUGAGCAACGGUCUCCACGCCAACAACCUCUGUUGCAAUAUACUGAUUAGUCAUUUAUGCAGAGCUGGUAAGAUUCAGAAGGCGCUCGAGUUUCUUAAAGAAAUGGUUUACAGAGGGCUGAAACCGGACAUUGCUGCUUACAACAACCUUAUUAAUGGCCUCUGCCGGAUGCGAAGGAUCCAAGAGGGUUAUAACUUGUUCGAGAAAUUGAAAAGCGAAGGUGUUCGUCCAGAUGCCAUCACUUACAACAUCUUGAUUGAUUCUUACUGUAAAGCUGGUUUUCCGGAGGAAGCAUUUGCGUUUCUUGAUAGGGAAGUAGCCGGUGGAUUUACGCCCAAUGCCGUAACAUGGCAGAUUCUAUUAUCGAACCUUAGAAAAAGAUUUGCAAGAAGAGUAUUUACUGGAUUCGAAUCAGCAUCCCAAGUAACAGUUGAAGAAGUUUGGUGACAAAGGGCAUCAAUUAUUACAAGAGAUCCAAACCAGAGAAACUAUGGAUGUAUGUAUGUAUGUGUAUGUUUUUCCAAUCUUAAAGGGAUUGCAAGAAAGGUGCCAAGUGUUCUUUUAUGCAAGAAACUAUGGUUUGCUUUUAGGCUGGAUGAAGGUUAUGAUCAUCUUCCUUUUGGGAAAUUUGUAAUGUGAUGCUGUAGUUUGUAGUGGCUUCUCUUAUACAUAGUUGGGUA